GGCCCAGCCGUGGCCAGUGUACGGGGACAAAAGGCGGGAGUCGCGACCGGCCGCCACUGCGCUGGUUGCUGCAUCGCGGGACGUCUCUGGAAGAAGUUCUUUACUUCGCCUAAUUACUGCAUCCCAGCAUUAUGUCGUGCAGAAGCUGCAGCUGGUUUAUCUGCUUCUUUGUGGCGGUAGUCUUAGCUGCUGGCUCCAGUGACACAGAUUCCAUUACAGAAUCCGAUCCUGAAGUCACAGUCUACAGUUCAGAAAAUGACAAUCAAGAGCUGUCCACAGUGGAGCCGGCGUGCGAGCAGCUCGCGGCUGAGCAGCUGUCCGUUGAGACGGCGGCCGCCACCGCCGUGUCCGCCAUGCGGCACUCCUGCACCGGCCUCACGCGGGCCGCCGUCGCCUUCAUAAGCGCCCGCUUCCUCAGGGUGAUGGCCACGGAGGGCUGGGUUGACGCUGCAAGCAGCUACCCGCGCACUUUUGUAGAGUUAGUUCGCCUGCUUGCAGAGGCUCAAGCAGACACCAGUGUACCAGCCGCUGCAGACACCGGGAACACCUCUGCUGCACCACACGCUGGUCUUCACUCCAGUGCCCCACCUCAUGUCGCCAAUGUUUCCUGCGUCUGGAGCCUUCGUGGAGAGGAGAAGGACCAGAGACUGAUUCAGGCAGCUAAGGAGGGGGCAGUGGAGGAGCUACUGAUGCUGCUCAGGGCUAAAGCAGAUCUGGGGGCGACGGACGAGAACAACAAGACAGCGCUCCACUGGGCGGCCGCAGGGGGCCACACAGUGGCAGUGAGGUGUCUGCUAAUGGCAGGUGCUGACGUGGGUGCGAGGGACAACUCGCUGCAGACUCCCCUGCAUGGGGCUGCACUGAACGGCCACGCGGCUCUUGUGCAGCUGCUGGUGGCGUCCUCUGCCGAUCCCAACGCCAGGGAUGAGGAUGGGUGGACGCCGCUGCACUCUGCGGCAUUCACAGGACAGGCAGAGGCGGUGACAGAACUGCUUGAGGCAGGGGCCAACAAGAGGGUCGUGGAUAACAUCGGCAAAACCCCGCAGGACAUUGCCAGACAGUACAACCACCAGCAGCUGAUAGACGUGCUAUCAUAAAGCUAGCAGCCUCACAAAUGUCUGUGAAAUAAAAUAAAUGAAGAUUUUUGACAA